AUGGGGAAAAGGGGAGGGGAGGUGUGGCGGAAGUGGGGCGGAGAUGGAAGAGGUGGAGAAGACGAUGGGAAGGUGGAGAGGCGGAGAAGACGAUGGGAAGGUGGAGAGGCGGAGAAGGAGAGAGGGAAGGGAGAGGAGGCUAUAAAAGGACAGGCAUUGGCAGACUUCUUAGCAGAUCACCCGAUACCGGAUGACUGGGAGCUAACUGAUGAACUUCCCGACGAAGAUGCAAUGGUCGUUAAAAUUCAACCUCCGUGGAAAAUGUACUUUGAUGGUGUUGUACAACGUGAUGGAGCCGGUGCUGGUGUGGUGUUUGUUACUCCAAGGGAAGAAGUUCUACCAUACUCCUUUACUUUGACACAACGUUGCUCCAACAAUGUCGCUGAAUAUCAAGCACUAAUACUUGGGCUUGAAAUGGCUGUCGACAUAAAGCAGUUGCAGUUGCAAGUCUUUGGUGACUCUCAGUUGGUGAUCAAUCAACUCUUGGGAAGCUAUGAAGUCAAGAAGCUCGAAUUGCUCCCCUAUCAUGGUUAUGCUCGGAAGUUAAUAGGAUGGCUUGGUGACGUAACUCUUCAGCAUGUACCUAGGAGGGAAAAUAAGAAAGCCGAUGCUUUAGCUGCCCUAGUUUCAGCGCUUACUAUGCCAUAUCAAACACAAGUGACUAUCUGUCAAAAAUGGGUAGUACCUCCGUCAAAUGAGGAUGAAGGCGCGAAAAAUGAGAUUGAGUAUCUCGUAGCUGUUUCUGAGGCUGCGAAGGAAGACUAG